ACUUAACCUUUCUGCUUAAAAAAAUCAGCACUGCUUCAACAUGGAAAAACGCAACAAAACAAAACAAAACAAAACAAACAAAAAAAGCAAAGAAGUAUCACGCGCGCAUCUCUCUCUCUCUCUCUCUCUCUCUGUCUCUGUCUCUCUCUCUCUCUCUCCUCCCUGGCCAGUGUUCAGCUCCUCCCCUCUGUGCUGCCUUUACUUCAUCAGAUAGCUGAACGUGAACAGUUUAGCUGAAGAGCACUUGCCUAAAAAACCAGGAGGGAGCGCGCGCUCAGCAUCCACGCUACAAACGGAUCCCAAGCACGGAAUUUCGGCGUCCCAAGCCCCGGUUUGAGCAUGGACCACUCGUUAUCUGGCAUGUACUUGACUCUGUGCACUUGGCUUGUUUGCUCUUUGCAUCUUUGUGCCAUUACCAGAGCGGAGGUAACUUGCGCCUCGUGCCCGUUACCCACGCUUGUCAAAACUGGGGAUGUCCAAAACCAUGCACGCGCCAUGACUCGCGCGGCGGCUGGGAAAUCACCUGUCGGUUUGGCGCGCACGAGACUGCAACCGGGUCUGGAAGGAGUUCAUGAGUUGGGGAAAGACGCGAGCGCGAGCCGCGCGCCAAACUCGAGAGAAGUGGAAGUGACGGCGCGCUCACCCGAACCGGGCUCCGGUGCAAAAACACCGCCCGAGCAAACUGCACGGCGACUCCGGGACCAUGAGGAAGCAGCUAACAAAGCCAGUGCGUCGCUGAGACGCAGAAGGAGCGCGGCGCAACUGGAUGAAUUUGGCGCAAGCGCGCGGAGCGGAGAUUCCGCAGAGUCCCCGGAUGCGCUGCUGUUUGUGGAUGGACAGAAACUGCGACGCAACCGCGACGAGGGAAAAGUGGCCACUUCCAGAUCGGAGGAUCCCAAAGUGAGCAGUAGCACUUUCGCCCUGGCUGGAGACUCCGCUCACAACCACGCUGUCGUUUACUGGACCGGACAGAACAGCAGCGUGAUUCUGAUCCUGACCAAGCUUUAUGACUUCCACUUGGGCAGCGUCACUGAAAGCUCCUUAUGGAGAUCGACAGACUAUGGCACCACCUAUGAGAGACUGAACGACAAAGUGGGAGUGAAGACAGUCCUGAGUUACCUGUACGUCUGUCCCACCAACCAAAGGAAGGUAAUGGUGUUGACAGACCCGGAAUUCGAAAGUAGUGUCCUCAUCAGUUCUGACGAGGGUGCUAGCUACCAGAAAUACCGUCUCAGUUUCUACGUCUUGAGUCUACUUUUUCACCCUUCACAAGAGGACUGGGCUCUGGCCUACAGCCACGACCAGAAGCUGUACAGCUCAUUUGACUUUGGACGGAAGUGGCAUCUCGUUCACGAACGAGUGACCCCCAACCGCUUCUAUUGGUCUGUAAGUGGUCUAGAUAAGGAGGCCGAUCUGGUGCACAUGGAGGCGUACACUUCUGAUGGACAUUGUCAGUAUAUGACAUGCAGGGCCCAGGCUUGUUAUGAAUCGAGCAGGACGUUCCCAUUCCCCGGCUACAUCGAGCCAAACUCGCUGGUGGUUCAGGAUGACUACAUUGUCAUUCAGGUCACCAUGUCUGGGAGAGCCUCUUAUUAUGUGUCUUACCAAAGGGGACCUUUUGUGCGCAUCAAAAUACCUAAAUACUCCCUUCCAAAAGACAUGCACAUCCUGAGCACAGAUCAAGGUCAGGUUUUCGCCGCUGUCCAAGAGUGGAAUCAGAACGACACGUACAACCUGUACAUCUCAGAUCCUCAUGGUGUUUACUUCACUCUAGCUUUGGAAAAUGUCAAGACCACCCGAGGUCUUGGGGGCAACAGUAUGAUAGACCUGUAUGAGGUAGCAGGAAUCAAAGGCAUGCUGAUUGCUAAUAGAAAGCUGGACAACCAGGUGAAGACGUACAUCACUUACAACAAGGGCCGGGACUGGAGGCUGCUGCAGGCACCCACUACAGACCUGGAGGGGAAUGAGAUUUACUGUGUGCAGCCAUUUUGUUCGCUACACCUACAGCUGCAGAUGUCAGAAAACCCUUACGUCUCUGGAAGUAUUAUCACCAAGAACUCGGUGCCAGGAGUGAUCAUCGCUAUAGGCAAUAUGGGCUCUGAGCUCUCCUACAAUAAUGUUGGAAUGUUCAUAUCAUCAGAUGCUGGCAAUACUUGGAGACAGAUAUUUGAUGAGGAGCACAAUGUUUGGUUCCUGGAUAAAGCAGGAGCUUUACUUGCAGUCAAGCAGCCCACAGUUCCCACAAGGCAUUUCUGGAUCAGCUUUGACGAAGGGAGACAGUGGACACAUCAUAUUUUCUCAGCCAUGCCUCUGUUUGUGGAUGGCGUUCUGGUCGAGCCAGGCAUGGAGAAUCAGAUUCUGACGUUUUUCGGACACUUCAGCGAUCGCUCUGAGUGGCAGCUGAUCAAAAUCGACUACAAGUCCCUGUUUACCAAGCGCUGUGCAGAAGGAGACUACCAAACGUGGCACUUGCACAAUCAGGGUGAGCCGUGCGUAAUGGGCCAAAAGCAGAUCUUCAUCAAGCGCCGUCCGGGCAGCUACUGCAUGAUGGGAAAGGACACCAGGAUCCUAUCGGCUGAGCCUUGUAUCUGUAGAGCGCAUGAUUUUGAGUGUGAUUAUGGCUAUGAGCGGAGAGGAGAUGGUAACUGUCUGCCUGCGUUCUGGUUCAAUCCUUCCACUGUAUCACGGAGCUGCAGUCAAGGCCAGAACUACUUCAACAGCACAGGUUAUCGCAAAGUAGCAGCGAACAACUGCACCAAAGGGGUGAAGGAGAUGUACACAGCCAGGAAACAGCAGUGUCCCAAUCGAGCUCCUCGAGGACUGCACCUGACAACCCGUGACAGCACCCUGAAAGCAAAUAUGGGCUCCAACGUCACCUUUAUAGUACAACUGGAAGAGGGAGACUCAAUGAGGACUAAUAUCCAAUUGGACUUCGGGGAUGGGACGGCGGUGUCCUACUCUAACCUCAGCUGGACGGAGGAGGGUAUCAGACAUGUGUACCGCAGCACAGGAAUCUUCCGGGUCACUGCCAUCGCUGAGAACAGCCUGGGAUCUGACUCCAGCUCCCUGUACCUGCACGUGACUUGUCCUGUUGAGCAUGUCCAGUUGCUGGCUCCAUUUGUGGUCAUUAAGAACAAGGAAGUGAACUUGACUGCAGUGGUCUGGCCGUCUCACUCUCGAACUCUCACCUACUUCUGGUGGCUGGGGAACAACACCGAGCCAAUGAUCACUCUAGAGGGCAGUAUAUCCUACGUGUUUCCAGUGGAGGGGACGUACAUGGUAACGGUGCAGGUCUCAUCAUCCAGCUCCAUUCUUCAAGACACCAAACAAAUCGUUGUGCAAGAAUUCUUUAAAUCCCUGCUUUUAUCGUUUUCUCCGAAUCUGGACGAGGCCAAUCCUGACAUCCCGGAGUGGAGGCACGAUGUAGGCAGGAUAAUUAAAAAGGCUGUGCUCCAAAUAGCCGAUAUUCCUGCCGAGCAGCUCCUGGUGGCGGUUUUCCCUGGACUUCCAACAGCUGCUGAGCUUUUCCUGCUUCCCAGCAAGAACCAGUCAGACAGCAGGAAAGGGAGCGAGGAGGAUCUGGAACAGAUCUCAGAAAUCCUUGCCAAUGCAUUGAACCAGAACCUGGUAGAAUUUGAGCUGAAACCAGGAUCCGGAGUUAUCGUUUACAUCACACAGCUAACAUUAGCUCCACUGGUGGACUCAAUCCCUAGACACAGCAGUUCUGCCAUGCUGAUGCUCCUCUCUGUGGUGUUCUUGGGUUUAGCUGUGUUCCUCAUUUACAAAUUCAAGAGAAAAAUUCCCUGGAUUAAUAUAUAUGCUGAAGUGAACCAAGAGAAAGAGCAGGAGAUGAUCGGCACAGUGGGUCAGAACGACACAACACCCAAAAUUAAGCUCAGCGAGUUCUCCAGCCCCAAAGAGCUUAUGGAGAAGGACUUGGAGGUCCGUGUUAAACGUGGAAUGAUCAAUGCCUGCGAAAGCACAAGAGAGAUUCCCAACUGUACAAGUGUCUGAAUGAAACAAGACAAGUUGGAAGUGCAGUGUAAUCAAGUGUACAGAAGUGUUGUCAUUUUGAGAGUUCUGUAUGUUCUCCUUCAUUUUGUAAUUUCAGAAACAGUCAUUGUUAAUAGUUUUCUAAGGACCUCGUUUAUACAGAUUUGCAUGGAUGUCUUGUUUGAUAAGAUCUAUGCGGAAAAUCUAAAUGCUUAAUGAGACCUUUUUAAUGAUGAUUAAAAACAUUGCUUGUUUUGGAGAGAAAAUGAGGCGCAGACGCAAGUUGAGAGCAAACUAGUCUUUUGUCCUUCUUGACUAUAUAAAAAAAAUCUGUAACUUUGCAAUGUAUUGAUGGCAAAAUACACACUUCAUAGCAGUUUCAUUAUGUUAAUGACAUCUAUUACAGAAUCAGAAUGUAUAAAAUAUAGCUGUAACAUGAAUAUCAGUUUUUCCAGAAUUUCUGUUACAGAAUUAACUGUUCAUUGUUUCAAACAUCGGUCAUUUUAUAGAAGGUAAAUCCUGUUGAAAAAUGUUUAGUUGGCAGGGAAAAGAUGCUGUGCUAAGUCCAGAAUAUCUGUUUAGUCUUGUGCACAGGAGUUGCGUGAGUUGUUGGGCUGCAAUGUAAAUUGAUCAUAAAACCUUAUUAGUUUAAGUGAGUUUGACUAAUGAGUUUUUUCAAAGAGUUUUUUGUGAUCAAUUUUUCUUAGUUUUCAGUAGAUAGCCAAAGUCAUCCAGGAUUUGUAAUGUUGCUCAUUUUUCACAACACAAAUAAGCAACUGACAGCAACACAACAUCAAAUGAAAAAGACCAACAUCCAUAUAGGCAGGAUUUGUUAACAAGAUUAUAUAUAACAUAUAAUAUGAUAUAACAUGAGAAUUUUAAAUAAUGCCAUAAGAAGCUUUGAUGCUUCACCUUAAUUACACUUUUUUUUCAUGAAGCUAUUCAGCUAUAAAGAUCUUAAAAAGAAGAGAGAGACAGAAGCAGUGCAUCGCUGGAAAGUAAAAAGCUUAGACUGGCACUUGGCAAAGAUCGUAGAAAAUAAACUAUGUUGAAUAUUUCUCAGAUAUGAAAUAUAUGUAUUAUUAUUAACUUCUCCAGAAAUAUUUAUUAUUUUCUAUCUAGAUUUUUUUCUUAAGUAAAUUUUGCCCCAUUUUCUCCCAAUUUGGUCAUUUGACAAAUCCCGCCCACUAGCUAACUCUCACCUACCACAGUGAUAUAGUGAACGUUCUUCUUUUGCACCAUUUGGGAACCUUUUUUUUUUUAAUAACUUCUUUUAGAAAAUGAAUGAACUUGUCUUAAUGCACAGGCAUAUAAUUUUGUUUUGUUUUAGGAAAUAAAUGCUUAAAGGCAAUCAGUGCUGUACCAGUUUCACUGGAUCAAGCUAUAAUAAUAUAAGGGCAAUUCCAGCAUCAUCGAUGUGACAUUUGCACUCACAAUGGCAAACAAAAUGGCUAAGGAUCAUUGAAUCAAUUUGCAUAUAUUGUCAUUUAUCAUCUUAAAGACAGUGCAGACAACUCUUAAAACAUCAUGUAUCGAUUUACAUGUUUCAAAUACAUAGCAGUUUAUCAGCAUUAUGGGUGUGACAUCAAGCAGACACUUUUGUAGGAGACUACACAUUUUCUACAGGCUCUGAAUUGCAGGUCUAUAUGUAUAAACAUGAAACAGACUUGAAUGAACACAAAAAAGAAAUAAAAUUGUGAUAUGGCUUGUCUAAACGAGUACUCCAUAUAUUUGAUGCAUAAACGAUGCAAUUUUCUCUAUAAGAGAAGUUACAUACAGAAAAAUAUAGAUAUAAGUGAACAUUUUUCCAUUUGUGUGGAAAAAUGCGCCAUUUGUGUGGAAUUGCCCAGUGAUAGGUUCAAUCUUAUAAACAUUUUUGAAUGUUUUUAUAAUAAGAAAUAUAUGAUAGUUUGGAUUGUACUCAAGAACAAUAUAAAUAAAUGUGGAAUUGCUUCCUUGUUCACCAUUUUCAAGGUGAGAUGAGAAUUUUGGAGGUGAGCUAGCUACAAAAUUCUUUAUACUUGAGAGAUAACAAUUGGCUAGCAGUGAAAAUACUUUAACUCUAGAAAGAAUCUAAGGAGAUGUGGCAUUAUCUGAGUGCUACUUAGUGGCACUUAUUUUAUUUAUUUAAUCAUUUUUGCCAAAGCCAUUACCAUCUAGGGAAAUACAUACAUAGUUUUGAUAUAUUGCUUAAUAUAUUUAUAUAUAUAUAUAUAUAUUUAAUAUAUAUCAUUAAUAUUGCUUUUGUUGAAGUUUAAGGCCAGAUCAACAAUAAAAAUUCACAUUAACAACUUUAUCAAUUAAUGUCAAGCACAAACAGGGAAAAAUAAAAUCAAAGUAUAUAGUUAGCAAAAACAAACUAGCAUAUAUCACUAGCAGAAUGCUAGGAACAAGACUUCUUUAGCCUGGGUUAUUUAUGGGGAGCAUGCUGAUUGGGAAUAGGUGUUGGUGAUUAGUAGUCUUGGGGAACUAGAACGAGGUAGCUGAUCAUGUGACAGGUCAUGUGGCUGGAAUUGUGGUUUGUUGUUUGGCUGAGGAUUCUGGGAAAAGGCCUUAUUUAAUUGCAGCCUUAAUUAAUCAUUCACAUGCAUUUGUAUAGCAAUAUACUGCUGUAAGUAUUAUAUAUAGUUAAAGUCCUGUAGAUUAACAAUAAGAAUACUGUAUUUGAGUGCGUAUUUAAUUGGAUGUGAUGCCAAAACAUUGAUUGCUGUCAAAAUUAAUAUGCUUUAAAUCCUUUAUUAAACAAACUGAAAGACUCUCAUGCAAUGGCAGCAGCACUGGAGAUUUAGUUCAUGUCAUCCAUCUUUAACACUUUUUAAUUUUAUUGUUGUUAUCUUUACAGGUUUUUAUUUUUGUCUUGUUUCAUAAGAUAUUAAGUGAACGCCUUACAGAAACAAUGCCUUAUUGCCAUAUUAUGUGUUUUGCCAUCAAAACAUGUCUACUUCAAAACACAACUUAAUUCCUACACAUUAAAGCAAAGGCUAUUGUAUAAAGACAUAUGAUAAAGUAUUUCUAUCAAAAUGAUAAUCAGUUCUAUUGUUCGUUUGUUUUCUAUCAAAUAUUGUGUCAUGUCUCCCAGGGAACAGCUUUGAACUGUAUCAUAGUCUCGAUAGAGCUUCAGAUUUUCAUCUCUCUGUAUAUACAGCGCAUAUGCUGUCACUUUCACAUGCUCCUAUUGUAAAUAUAGUGGCAAAGACUAAACUGUGAACCUUAACACAGUAAAAAAAAGUGUUGAGUUUACUUUUUAUGGAAUCAUUGAUCGUUUUGACAAUGUCCUUGACAUGUGCAUGUUAUUUACAAGGACGUGAUUUACAGUAUGUGUUGUAGAUAGUAAGCAAGCACUGUAAAUAGUUCUUUUUUAGUCAUCCAUGUUGGGAGUCAGUUUUGUUUGUAAUUUUACAUAUUACAUAUCUGGUCUUAUAUAUCCUGGUCUUUCCCUGUUGCUCACCUCUUUGACAUAGAAAUAAGCGAAAUUCUGUUUAGCGAAAACUAUUUGGGAAACAAGGGCAUUUUAAAAUGUAAAAUAACAGCAGUAAAUUAAACAUUUACACAAAUAAGGAAAUACUUGAUAAUACUAGUUAAUUUUCUGUGUAUUGCUAAACAUUCUGAACUAUUACUUCUGCUACUGUUCUAGUUUAUAUGGUUUAAUGCAAAGUAUCAAAUUUUCUAUGUGAAAGAGGUAAUGCUUAAGUAUCAUUUACAGAUAUAUUUACACUACUAUAAAAUUUUACAAAGUUUUACAAAGAAUUGAAUGCCCCAAUACUUCAAGUAGCCAUCACCUAAUAAGCCAGUUGUUUGCCCAUCUAGUAUUCACAUUCAUCAUUUACACCAAUCAGCCAUAACAUUAAAACCACUGACAGGUGAAGUGUAUAAUAUUGAUCAUCUCACAAUCUUACAAUGGCACCUGUCAAGGGGUGGGAUAUAUUAGGCAGCAAGUGAACAGUCAGUUCUCGAAGUUAAUGUGUUGGAAGCAGGAUAAAUGGGCAAGCAUAAGGAUCUGAGCGACUUCGACAAGGGUCAAAUUGUGAUGGCUGGAUGACUGGGUCCAAGCAUCUCCAAAACGGCAGGUCUUGUGGGGUGUUCCUGGUAUGCAGUGGUUAGUAUCUACUAAAAGUGGUCCAAGGAAGGACAACCGGUGAACCGGUGACAGGGUCAUGGGCGCCCGAGGCUCAUUGAUGCACGUGGGGAGCGAAAGCUAGCCCGUCUGGUCCGAUCCCACAGAAGAGCUACUGUAGCACAAAUUGCUGAAAAAGUUGGCUAUGAUGAACACAAGGUGUCAGAAUACACAGUGCAUCGCAGCUUGCUGAGUAUGAGGCUGCGUAGCCGCAGAAACAUCAAAAAUGCCUACAAUGGGCACAGCACACCUUCAGAGGUCUUGUGGAGUCCAUGCCUCAAGGGGUCAGAGCUGUUUUGGUGGCACAAGGGGGACCUACACAAUAUUAGGCAGGUGGUUUUAAUAUCAUGACUGAUUGCUGUAUAUGGCUUGUUACAUUUUUGUUUUUUUACUGCGUUUCUGUACCUCUUCACCAUAAGGUCAAGGUAGAAGUUGCCCAUCCACGCUAAUGUGAAAGACGUAAAAACGUCUCUCAUCUAUAAGUCUGUUUAUAGAGUCCAAAUUAUAAUUUGCUGUGUGAGUUCACAAGAGUUCACACUGCACAUAAUUAAACUAACCAAAACGUAAAAAUGGGACAUCCUUGUAAAACUUGUUUUUUUUUUUUUUUUUUGCACUUGCCAGUGUUGACAUAAAAAAAGAAGAUGCAUUGUACGUUUUAAUAAAUUUUUAAUUACAUUCAGUGUUUUGCAAUGUCCCUGAAACAGGUUAGUUCCAGAUAGCACUUAUGUUAUAGCCUCUGUAAACAUUCAUAUUCAGUCAUUCCAUUUCUCUCUCUCCUGAAGUUAAUAAGCUUGUCAUGUUACAGAGAAACCCGAAAAUGCAAAGCCUUCUGUCCUGAACACUGUCCCGUGUUGGAAAACUUAUACUUAUAGCUCUACCUUUACCCGAAUAUUACAUAGCGCUAACACUGGAGACUCCUUCCAAAAAUGUAAACCUGCGAUUUAUUUUGCAGCCUGAACUACACUGUCUAACCAAUCAGAAACGAGAAUUCAUCAGCGCUGUGGUAUAAUGUAUGUUAAGAUAUAUAUAUAUUUCUCUCAUUAUGUUUGAUAAGAUUAAUGUUGGAAUACACUAUGGUUUAUAAUGGUUUAUCAAUAAACAACUAUCGACCACUUUAUUAACAACACCUGUAAGACUGCUCAUUCAUGCAAUUAUCCAGUCAUGGGGCAACAACGCAAUGUAUACCAGAAGCAGAUACAGGUCAAGAUCUUCAGUUGGCCUUCACAUCAAACAUCAGAAUUUGGGAAAAAAUAUCAUGUGCCAAAUCUAGUGAAUGGCAGUUCUGUGAGUGGAAAGGUCUUAUUGAUGAGAAAGGUCAGAGAAGAAUGGUGAGAGAAUGGUUAGAAGUGUUAAAUAACUACUCUUUAUAACCGUGCUGAACAGAAAAGUAUCACAGAACACACAAAAUGUCAAACUUUAAUAAAUAAAUGCAUGAAUGAGCGGGUGUAUAGCUGUUUCUUUUAAAGUGGGCGGUGAGUGUAUAAAUUAUGUAGUCUGUUCAAUCUGAACCCUAGUGUGAUUGACAAGUAUGAACACUAGAGUCAAACCAAAAUAACCAAUCUAAGAUCACCUGUGAGAGGUGGGCUCAGUCAGAGUCUAAGCAAACCCUUUGGCAUUGGAUUGCAGUGAAGACGAGUCAGCUUCGAUUGGAAGGAUACCACACAUGCUGUGUAUUAUCUUUUUCAAAAAAAAAAAAGUAUAUAUAUAUAUAUAUAUAUAUCUACUGAUUUAGCGUAUCUGAUUUUACUUACUAAGGAAGGCUCAUUUACUGUAUCCUCUUUUCUACUCAACUACAAUGCACUUUCUUCUUCUUUCUUUCUUUUUUUUAACAGUGCAAGCAUCAGGUAAACAUAUUACAGGUUAUCCUGGAUUCUAUCUAAUUAUCACAAACUCUACUAGCAAGCUAUUUCCUGCCAAAAAAAAAAAAAUGCAUGCAUGAGCAGCAAUCCAUGCAUGCUGAAGUCAGCAUGUAAUUACAGUUUAACAGACAGAAAAGCAGGACUGACACUCAGAGCUCAGUAUACCUUUGCUCAUUAAAACCUGGCACUUUUCUCUUAGCAUGCUCCUUCAUCACAAUUCUAACCCUUCAUUAUUCAGUAAGAGUGGCAUAUUCCUGUGUUUUCUUUUUCCAUGUCAAACUUGCUGAUUCAUGUCUCUGUAAAUUCGCACAGUAUGGAAAAAUACAGAGGUUAAGAUUAGGGGCGAGUUUUCACAAAUUUGAACUACAUCAUCCUUGCUUGUUGGAAUUUGUACAGAUUACAAAUUGAUAUCUGGUUGGACAUAAGUAGGGUCUCAGAAUUGCAAAUCUAUAAUAAUUCUUUUAUUAUGAAAAUGUCCUCGGUUCACACGAGCAAGUGACAAGUCGCUCAUGUCAGUUGUAGUUUGUCUCAUGUCUCCAUUGUUGUUGCUUGUGGCUGAGAAGCAAUAGGAGCCAAAAUGUAUGUAAGCCGAUAGCUAACUAGUUAAAUGCAAAUUAAAUAAUGCACUAAUUGUUUCACGCUAGGCUUCAUACUAAUUGUGUUGGCAAAUUAGCAAAGCAAGCUAAAUAUACUAGCUGCAUACGUUCACCAGAGGCACCAAUGCUCUCUGCUACUUCCUUGCAAGCUUUACUUCAUAACACACAUUAAUGCGCAUUUAAUGAGUGGUCAUAUAUGACAGGGGAGCUAUUUCCAGGUAGGAACUAGAGCUAAUUAGGAAGUAAAGUUACUAUAUGAGUGGGGAACUGAAGAAACAUUGGAUCACACACACUGUAGGUUUGGUCUAAGGAAUCAUUUUUACUUCUAAUAAUGUACAACUUUUACUUCUAAUAGCUAAUAUGCCUAAAAUUGAGAAAUUCUCUAUUCACAAACAUAAAUUGCGUCUCAAUGUCAUGGACCUACAUACAAAUUGAAUGAGUGAAUGAUCGUCACUUUGUCGCUUGCUAGUGUGAACCGACUAGAACUAAACCGAACUAGACUUUUAAGGGUUCACCUUGUUCCUUAUCCUUUUUGUGACACUAAGGCCUACUACCGUAAAUAUAGAUAUGCUAUAGGAAUUAGGGUGUGAGGGAUCUUUCAAAGGUAAAACAGUAAAAAGAGGAUUAUUUUUUCCUCCAGUUUUUGAGCUAUCUUCAGUAAAGACCUUGAAGAGUUCAUGUCUGCCAGCAAUACUCUGUUUUUUUUUUUUUUCACACCAUUUUUACUUUCAGGAGUCUGCUUCAACUCUGCAUAAGCUGAUACAAUAUGAAUGAUCAUCUGGAAAGCCUGCUAGCAUCUGUCACUGUCUUUUACGUCAGAAUGUGCAGUGUUCAGGUUAAGCGUGUAGUAGUGAUAACAUUGUUCCUUGUAAGGUUUAUUGGUUUUGUGAAGAUAUAUACAAAAUCGCUCACACUUUCUCGCUAUUUUCUGUUUGUUUUCUCCACAUGUUCAUUUUUGAUGUUAUCUGAUGUAAUUGGCUUCACUUCAGUGGAGAUCAUUUCUUGGUACAGAGCAACAUUUAGCAAAAAAAAUUGACUGGAAAUGUAAGAAGGCAGAGGAGCAAUUGAGCUCCUGGUUGGUGUUGUUUAUUGCAAAUCGUUUCAAUGGGCAACUGCAUGGCUCAUGAUUACUGCUCAAUAACAUUUUUAGUUCAGCAUUUCUAUAAGAAAUAACUGUCAUUUUGAAAUUGUUUCAAAUAAAUGUAUUUUUGUACAUCAGCU